UGCAUUCAUGUAUAUCUGAUGGAACCGAAUGGUGUUGCUAGCUACCGUCAUCGGCGGUCACCUUCUUCCGACAGGUUCCUCGGUGUGUUCUCGCCGCCUUCAUCUUCCGGUGUCAUUUCUGGUGGAUCGUCUGCUGCAGGAGACGAUUUCAGUGAAGAUGACGUGUUCUGGACAGGGGAUUUCGCCGAACAGAAGCGCCAACCGGGAGAUCCGGUCAAAGGAAACAACUGGAACCCUACCGGUAACCAUCAGCCGUUCCGGCACCAGGAUAAGUUCGGCAUUCUGGCUGCAUUGCCGGAGGAUAACGGCCGUAAACCUAACAAUCGCCCUGUUCUGAACCGAAGAAACCCUACUAUCUCUUCUCCAACGACCCCUGCUCCAUCAUCCUCGCGGUUAAUUCCCUCGAUUCCCAGGCCUAAUAAGCUAGAUAGAGAUUUGUCUCAGUCUAUGCCGCUGAAGUUUCAGCAAUCGGCUCCGGUGAAUGUUCCGAUGUUUGCGAGGAAGCCAAGGACCGGCGGCGAACUUGCUGACGUUGACAUCGGAGAGGAUGACGAAGAAGAAAUGCUUCCGCCGCACGAGAUCGUAGCGAGAGGUUCAUCCAAGUCGCCGCAUACGACUUUUUCAGUUCUGGAAGGCGCUGGAAGAACGCUGAAAGGGAGGGAUCUGCGAUUAGUUCGUAAUGCCGUGUGGCGAAAAACAGGUUUCCUUGACUGAAUUUUGAUUACUAGUAGUUUGUUUGUUGCCUGAAUCCUGAUGCCCUUUUGGACUGUGAAGUUGAAGUUUUUAUCGAAGCUUUUGCAGUCUUCAUAUAAAUAGCAAGUAGAGUAAAGCCGGGCAUAUAUCAUAUCCUUUGUUUUUUGGGUAAUCCAUGAAGUUUAAUGUCGAAUCUGUUUCAUCAUAGUAAGAUUUGGUAGGAGUUGUCUAGUGUAAUUUAUGUGGUUUUAAUGUGCAUAAAAUCUGGCAAUGAAUCAAUGAUGUUUGCUUCAUUUCAUGCGCUUCUGGAUGAUUCUACAAAAGUUCAGUUUAAUCUUUAUAGAUUGUCUUGUCUUAAA